UCUCACAACAUACACAUAUAUAGUAGCAAAUGGCAAAAUCCCAACUUUCCCAAGUCAUUUUCUCUGCCCUUCUCAUCUGCUUCCUUCUUAUAGCAUCCAACGAGGUGCAGAUUGUGGAAGCUAAAGUCUGUUCGAGGUUGAGCAGGACGUGGUCGGGGAUAUGUCUGAAUACCGGCAAUUGUGAUCGGCAGUGCAGGAAUUGGGAGAAGGCUCAACAUGGAGCUUGCCAUAGGAGGGGCUGGGGAUUCGCCUGCUUUUGCUACCGUCAAUGCUGAGAUUAUAGUUAAAUAAUCUCAACUUGCUUGCUUGAUAAUAUCAUAAAUAAAAGGUUGCUAUUAGGUUUGCAACCAUAUAUGUAUUGGAAUAACUUGUACCAAUGUUGUUUGUGUUUGUUAUUGCUUCAACUCUUGUAUUGCUUCACAAUAAAAUGAAUUUGUUUUCUUUAUCUAUCUAAA